ACUAACCUCUCUUCGUCUUCAUUCAUUUUGAAACCGUGCAGAGACACAAGAUAUCUCUAUAUAUAUAGAGAGAGAGAGAGAGAGAUGGAGAGACAAGGAACAGAAGAUAUGAAGAAGAAGCAAUCAAAAUUCAAGAGGAUUUGUGUGUUUUGUGGUAGCAGCCCUGGUAACAAAGCUAGUUACAAGGAUGCUGCCAUUGAACUUGGAAGAGAAUUGGUGUCAAGAAAUAUUGAUCUGGUUUAUGGAGGAGGCAGCAUUGGUUUGAUGGGAUUGAUUUCUCAGGCUGUUUAUGAUGGUGGUCGCCAUGUAAUUGGAGUUAUUCCCAAGACACUUAUGCCAAGAGAGCUUACUGGAGAAACAGUGGGGGAAGUGAAGGCAGUAGCAGACAUGCAUCAAAGGAAAGCAGAGAUGGCUAAGCAUUCUGAUGCCUUUAUUGCAUUACCUGGUGGCUAUGGCACACUUGAGGAGCUUCUUGAGGUCAUAACCUGGGCUCAACUUGGCAUCCAUGAUAAACCGGUGGGGUUGCUGAAUGUUGAUGGAUACUACAAUUCAUUCUUAUCAUUCAUUGACAAAGCUGUGGAGGAAGGGUUCAUCAGCCCCAAAGCUCGCCAUAUAAUUGUGUCUGCCCCAACACCAAAAGACCUUGUCAAAAACAUGGAGGAAUAUUUCCCACAACAUGAAAGAGUUGCCUCUAAGCUAAGCUGGGAAAGUGGGAUCUGAUGAGGAUGGAAAAUUGGUGUAGAGGGCAGUUUAGUCACAUAGUUAUAAUAUUAAAAAAAAAAAGACUAUAUAUUAUUAUGGUAGAUGACCAGAGUUUCCUGAAAGCCAGAGGAUUCUUUGUGCUCUUAUAUAAUAUAGUAUUUUGUUUUGUUUUGUUUAGUGUAAAAGUACAGGGUUAAUUGACUUAAUUCUAACAAUUAAGGUUAAUUAACCAGUACUAGUACUACUCUCUGUUCAAUUGUGAAGAAAGUUGGGUAUUUUUCAGACCCCAAUCAAUGUUUUUAUUACAAAAAUAGAGGCAUUGAGCAGAUAGAGCUCAGAGAAUUU